AUGGAAGGAGUCACGCAUUUACUUCACGAAUUACCAGAGUUAAUUGUAGAGUUCUACUUUCACAACUUUCUACCUAAAGCAAAGCUCUUCACUGGGAGAAUGACUAUCGCCAAGAAGCAUCGCCAAUCUCCGAUCGACAUUCGAACCGAGAAAGUCUGUUGUGAUCCGAAAGUUUGUCAGGUAAACUCUCUUCAUAUCGAUUAUAAAAUGGGUGAUUGUGUCGACGUGGAGUGCAGUGAAUCGGGAUGGAAAGUGAAUGUGGCAAAGAAUUGUCAGAGUUUUCUCACCGGCUCUCACCUUGAGGGAAAGUAUGAAUUGGCUCAAUUCCACGCGCAUUGGAGUUACGAUGGAACGAGGGGAAGUGAGCAUAUGAUUGACGGGAAACCACAAGCUGCUGAGGUGCACUUUGUCUUUUGGAACACAAAAUAUUCAAAUAUCAACGAGGCAUUGGAGAAGCCGGACGGAUUGGCUGUUGUUGGAGUGUUUAUACAUGAAGGAUUAUACAAUGAAAACUAUCAGCCAUUAUUAGAUGCAAUUAAAAGGUCGAAUGAAAGCGAUACCCCGGCUGCUCUUCCACACGAGUUUACCAUUGAGCAAUUGAUGCCUGAUCAUGGUGAACGAGAUUUUGUGACGUAUUUGGGGUCAUUAACCACUCCACCAUACAACGAAUCUGUCAUCUGGACGCUUUUCACAAAACCGAUUGAGGUUUCUAAAGAUCAGUUGAACGUUUGUCGGAAGAUCUGUGGCUGUAACUAUCGCCCUUGUCAAGAGCUCUGUGAACGCCAAAUCAUCUCCUCUACCGUACUCCACGAU